AUGGCAGGCCUACCUAAUAAAGAAGUGCCCAGUUUGCUAGCACCUGACUUUUAUACGCCAAUGCCUAACACAGCGGCGUUUCGUGAUCUAUUAAUUUUCGAGGAGAGGCUCAAGCAGAAUGCUGCGCGAAUGAAAGAGCGCAAGAAUAAAUACCAAACAUUUUUAAUUGUACUUUGUCUUUUCAUUGUAUGGCUCACCUAUCUGUUUCUGUUUGCCACGCCUCAGAUUUAUCCCUCAAGCGAAUCGAUCCCUGCGCACAUUCAACAUGUACCUAAAUAUGCGAACUGUGCGAUCAUGGCCCUCUUGGAUAACCUGGAUCUCUUUUCUACGUGGUUCUAA